AACUCGGCACAUUAUAAUUACCUGAUUACCGCAUUGUCUUUCAUUAAAAUUGGCUAGCCUGUGAAACAGUCGUACAAAACGAAUACAAUUUAUUUUAAAUUAAUAAAUCUAGGUACUUUUAUAUUAUUUGAUCGUAAGCUAAAUCACAAUCUGAUUAACUACGCAAAAGAAAAAGUGAGUGAGAGAAAGUUAUAAAGUCGUUAUGACAACCGAAGAUGGUAUAGAAAAAAUUAUAGGCCGCUUUGGGAAGUACCAGACAUGGAUAUUGUUUCUGAUUUCAAUUGGACGUUUACCAACGGAAUUUCAGUUGAAUAUUGUAGUUUUCCUUCUACCAGGAGUUGAAUACGAGUGUCAGGAUAGUGCUGUGAAUAUAACCAAUCAUUGCCCGUGUGAACACCCAAAAUAUGACCAGAGUACUAUAGUUAGUUCAGUUGUGACGGAAUGGAAUCUUAUUUGUGACAGAGUAUACCUGGCAAGUUUGGCACAAUCCAUAAUGCAAAUUGGAAUAUUAGCUGGUAGCCUGGUGUUUGGUCAAAUCUCGGACAGAUAUGGACGUAAACUUGCCGUGCUUCUGUCCCUAUUUCUUGAAGCGGCAUUCGUCGCAAUUUCCGGUUUAGUCCCAGAAUUUUGGAUGUUUCUGGUCUGUCGCUUUUUAAUUGGAACCGCUGUGGGAGGGACAAUGUUGUGCGGCUAUGUGUUAUUUAUAGAAUUUUGUGGUAAAUCAUUUAGACCAUACGUUAUUGGACUACAUGAAAUAUCAUUUAUUGUGGGAUACUUUAUAUUACCAAUCAUAGCAUUCUAUGUAAGAGAAUGGAGGACUCUUCAGUUAGUGACUUCGGUUCCCUGGCUUGCAGUCAUAUCUUAUUAUUGGCUGAUACCUGAGUCUCCUCGUUGGCUGAUUACUGUGGGCAAGAAAAAUGAAGCCAUAACGCUUCUUAAACUAAUAGCUAAAAAGAAUAACAAGACCACUGAAAACAUCGAAAGCAUCGUUGAAGAAAUGGAAAAAGAAACUAUGCGAGAAAGCAAAAAACCAGCUUCAUAUGUUGACCUAUUUAAAACGCCUAAAAUCAGAUUUUAUACUGUAAUUACAGCAUUCAUAUGGAUGUUUUGUUCGCACACAUUUUUUGGCGUCAACCAAUACAUUGGACGUUUACAAGGGAAUAUUUACCUGAAUGUAAUGCUCUCAGCAGUUAGUUUGAUCCCUGGAUUAAUUAUUGUAGUAUUCGCGACAUUGCACUUAAAACGUAAAGUCAGUAUUGUAACCAGUUUCAGUAUUGCCGGUUUGUCUUUACUUGUUUUUAUUUUCAUUCCAAAUAACAUAGAAGCACUUACACUAACUUUUGCCAUAAUAGGGCUUAUAGGCGCUUAUACUUCCUUCGUUCAAGUGUAUUUGUUCACUUCCGAAGUAUUCCCAACUAUAAUCAGAAACACUGCUUUAGGAUUUGCAUCCAUGUUCGGCAGAUUUGGUGGUUUCAUAGCACCUUUUGUUGUAAACUUAGGCAUAGAGUGGGCCUCCAUUUUGAUUUUCAGCGGCGUAGCCUUUGCUGCAGCUUCUCUAUGUUAUUUACUUCCAGAAACAAAAGAUAUAAUAUUGCUAAACUCAAUUGAACAAACUGAAGGACCGAAGAAUGCUAUCACAGAAAUAAAAAACAAUGAAACUAACAUUGACAAGACAACUAAGUAAGCAUGCGAAAUGCACAAUGUGAAUACCUACGGUUUAAACAAGUUUUAUAUUUAUCUCUGAUAUCAUUUUAAUGCAAUCUUAGACAUAAUGUUAAUCAUAGAUUCCGAAGUUCAUCAGUAAACGAUGAUAAAACUCUAUUUUGGUUUGACGUAGGCUGUUUACUAAACUUUAAAAUCAAAGUAUUGUCAAUAAAUUUGAUCCAAGAAAAGUCAAAUCAUUUUAAAUUUUAUCGCGCUACUGUAGUAGUACCUACCUGUACCUUUAUUUAAAAACUACAUUCACCAUGUCUUCAGAUGAUGUCAUAGAAACUGCGAUAGGGAAAUUCGGAAAAUACCAAUCUUGAAUAUAGUUUCUCGUGCUUCUAGGACGUUAUCCGACAGAUUUGCAGUUAUGUAAUGUGGUAUUUGUCAUGCCAAUUAUAAAUUACACUUGUUUGGAUGAAGGAUAUGAAAAUACGUAAAACAAAUGUGUGCCCAUGUUCUCACAUGGAAAUUCAGAAAUUUCUUCAGAAAUAUACAACAAACUUACAAAAUAAUACUAGAAGACUCUAUUACAGACGAAAUAGAAACAAUUGCAAUCGACAUGACAGCACUAUCCUGUAUCUUACAUAGAAUUGUUCAGAACUUCAAAAAUCAGGAUGAACACCUUAAUAACGUCACUUCUUUGGAUGUUUUGUUCUCUUAUAUUCCACGGAGUUAAUCAAUAUAUUGGAGUUUUGCAGGGGAACAUUUACCUCAAUUUCAUGAUAUCUGCUGGUAGUUAAACAAUAACGUUAAUAUUGAUAACAUGCUCAAUUUCUUAAGAGAAAAGUCAGCUUAUUCUUUUGUUUUAAUUCAGCAGCAAUAUCAUUUCUCUUACUUGCAUUUGGUCUUCAAAACCGACAAUCAAAAUCAUUAUUAUUUGCUAUAUUAGGACAAACAGGCGCCUUUGCUGCAUUUAUAUUACUUUAUAUCUAUACUUCAGAAUUAUUUCCAACUAGUAUAAGGAAUUCUGCAAUGGGGUUUUGUUCAAUAUUUGGUAGAAUAGGAGACUUUGUUGCUCCAUUUAUAGUAAAUGUUCAGAC